UUUUCUUUCACAUAUUUUCGUAAAUAUUGAAUUAUUUCGGCCGCAGUGGGACGAUACUAAAAUAAAAAUUUAGUUUAUCUUUGAUACAUUAAAUAAUAUUUUAGAGCAGUUAAAACAUUUUUAUUUUCUUUUCUAAGGAUUACAUAAAAAUACAUAAUGUCGACACUAAUUGAAGACGAACAAAUGAACAAUCAGCGACUUUUGCCACGGAUAGCCUUAAUAGCUUGUGGGUCCUUCAGUCCGCCGACACCAAUGCAUUUUCGCAUGUUCGAAAUUGCGCGUGAUUAUUUCACUACCCAACGUACACAUCAUGUGGUUGGCGGCAUCGUAUCUCCCACUCAUGAUUCGUAUCAGAAAAAAGGACUUGUUCCGGGCACACAUCGAUUUGCUAUGCUGAAGUUGGCGUUACAAUCAUCAACAUGGAUAAGGGCAUCAAACUGGGAAAUUGAACAAUCGGAGUGGUCGCGCACGCUCUCCGUUUUGCAGUAUCAUCAAAACUAUAUGAAUAACUAUGUCAACUCACCGCCAGAUAAUGAAAUUAAUGGUGCAUUACCUGGUUGGUUGCCGCCGAAUUUACGUGAGCGGCAGGACGGUGUGCAACUGAAACUGUUGUGCGGUGCGGACUUGUUGGAAUCGUUUGCAGUGCCAGGGCUGUGGGCAGAUAAAGAUAUUGAAGACAUUGUGGGCAAUCAUGGUCUUGUGGUGAUCACACGCUAUGGCGCUAAUCCCGAAAAAUUCAUUUUCGAAUCAGAUUUGUUGACCAAAUAUCAAAAAAAUAUAACAUUGAUCACGAAUUGGGUGCCGAACGAAGUCAGUUCUACAAUGAUACGCCGCCUUAUAUCACGCGGACAGUCUGUAAAAUAUUUGCUCGAUGAUAGGAUUAUCGAUUACAUUCAAAUGCAAGGGCUAUUCAACUGUAAAACUUUCAAUUUAGAUAAUCGUAAGCCGCCAAGUUUGAAUGUCUUUUGUUGCGGCGACAGUGAGGCCAACGCCGCCGCAAAGAAGUUACUACCGAGUCGCAAUGGGCCAGGGCAAGUAGUGCAAGUGAUAACGACUGAAUCGGGUACCAAAAUAUCAACGGAGGUGGUGGACUAUACAAGUGGCGGAAGUGACGAGUCUGUUGCUAAAAAAAAAAAAACAGCUCCGGUGAAUGUUUAAACUCGGCGAUAGAAAGUCGUCCUUGACCCUAGGAAAAUUCGUAGAAGUGGUGAUGCUAUCCAACAAAGGCUGUAACGAGUAUAUUUUGGACUUUGAGUACUUUCUGGAAAUGAAUUCAAUACUUAAGAAAAACUUACUGUAGUAAAGUAAUUUAGACUUGCUUACGCUUAUCUGAAAUCAAUUUUCUGCUAUUUGUGUGCGCUGCGAUUGUUUUUAAUUUAUAAACACUGCAAAAAUGCAAAUUUGCUUAAUUCUGUGUAUGCAUGUAUAUUAAAAUGUUAUAAUGUUAUAAGAGCGAUUUAAUGCACAAGUUAUGUAUGUAUGUUUAUGUGAAGCAAUGCGCAUAAACAGUUUGUAAGCUAUUUUCCUUUUUAUUGCAAAUCUCUUUAAGCAUAAACUAGUUUAUUUGCAAAAGCGCACAUACACCAGGUGCAAUAUUCCGAAUUUAUUUCUUGCUAAACUAACAUUCUGCGAUACAAACAUAAAUAAUAAAUAUAAGCAUAUACAAAUUGUAAAAUAAAAUAUUUUGGCAUUGGCAAAUAAAAAAAAAUAAUAA